CAAGUCGGCCAACAGUUAGUGAGUGGAGACCCACAGUCUCCCUUCGUGGACGUAACUCGGCAGUUUCUUCAGCCGUCCGUUCCAUACAAUCUCGUGCAGUUUAAUUUCUCAGUUGCUACGCGACGAGGUGUCCGUCAUUCUACCCGCGCGAUUCGAACGGUUGAAUUUUCUAAGAGACCAUCGAUCAAGGACUAUACCGCAACCUUCCACUCUCCGAUGAGGAUCUCAAUCGCCGUCAUCCUGAUCGCUCUGACAUGGUCGACUGGAAGAUGUUCGGGUUCUGCCGGAGAAAGAAACUCGACGGAAACGACACUGGAAGAUGAGGAGCAUUUACCUUCUCUGAUGGAUGAGACAACUUUCAAAGAAAGAUAUCGUAGAUUGAUACCUUACAUGACAUUUUAUGUCGCCAAUAAUUAUGUAAAUCCGCAAACGCAGUCAUCCUCAUCAUUCCAGGGCAGAAAAUUACCAACGGUUCAACGAAGACCCCAGUAUUCUAACACGAGAACCAAUAAUGCCGCAAAUAAUGUGGCUGCCGGUAUCACUAAUAAAAUUCGAAAUCAGUAUUAUGUCAGCCCGCCGCUUCACUACGAUAAAUUCAUACCGUCUGUUCAAUACGAUCCAAAAGACGUUGACAACGAAGAUUUCUUCACUCCUGUGAGAUAUAACGCGAAAAAUAAUUUUUUUGAUUAUCAGACACCGCUCUAUCAAAGAUAUCAAAACUCAAGACCUGCCUCAACUCAAGCGACUGUACUCGCUAGUUUGCCAACAGAACAGCAAUACUUCACAACUCAUCGACCUACAACGAUCAAUUUUACACCUGCAUAUGGUGAUCUUCUAGUCAGAAAACAAACCUUGAAGCCAUUACCAUUGAAACAGGAUUACAACAUUAAUCACAUCAGGAGACCAGCGAUAAAACCAUUCAAAGUCGACGUAGUUGACGAACCAAAUUAUUCAACAAAUGAAUUUGAGAACUUGAGACAUGUAAGUCCCAAAUCGCAGCAUCAAUUGCCUCGGCCGUUCAGACUACCUGCUGAACAAUCUCUACAGAGACCUCGAUAUCCUGAUCCAAAUCUCAAUCACAUAAUAAAAAGUCUUCAAUUGACAAAUCAGCUCCCAGAGAUGCUAAAUGCUGACAAUAUAGAUAACAGUAUAAAGACUCUGGUGGAAAUUCUGAGCCUUUUGAAUAAUGGAAGGAAGUAUAAACUACCACCUCGUCGACCAACAGUACCGGUAAAUGUGCCUCCGCAAUAUGAGGACUAUGAAAACUACGACAUUGUACAGACAAGACCUAAGGAUACCGCUCUCAAAAUUACAGCCAGACCAAUCGUGGUUCCAGAACAAAUACAGCCUCAAAUGACGCCGCUACAAGAUAACGGCCCAUAUCAUGUCGACAUAAUCGACUCUAAGAUGCAAUAUCCGCCAAUACAAGUUGAAAAUAUCGCGGAAGGAGAUGUAAAACAAUCGGAGAAAGAGCAACUUAUUGAAUCUGCACCGUUAGAUGACGAUUAUAAAAUUGCUCAAGAAUUUGCCGACGAUAUUCUCGAAAAAGACGUACUCGAACUUCCAUCGACUACCGAACAACCGGCUCAAAAUUAUCCAGCGCCUGACGGUGUUUCCUCACAUACUCAAAACUUUCCCCCCACUACAAUGAAAUAUGGAGCAACGAGAGGAAAACCUAACGUUGAUUACCCAGCAUAUGCAACGAUUCCAAAAACAGAAUUUAGCUGUACAACUCAACGUUAUAAAGGAUUUUUUGGGGAUCCUGACACCGGCUGUCAAGUCUGGCAUUACUGCGACUUGAAUGGUGGAAAAUCUUCGUUCUUAUGUCCAAAUGGAACGAUCUUCAGUCAAGUAGCACUUACUUGCGACUGGUGGUUCAAUGUCAAAUGUGAAUCAACUACACAGCUUUACGUAUUAAACGAGCGGCUUUACAAGUACAUUCUUCCAGUGAUGCCAAAAUUUCCAGAGGAUUUUACAGGCCCAGAAGUGGACCGUUACUUGGAACUCAAGUUUAAAGAAAUGGAAGCAAAAUUGAAGGAGAAAAAAAUCAAAAAGCAGCAGGAAGAGAAGAACAAGACUAACAAUAAAAGCGCUCCCAGAGUUGAUAGUGAGACCUAGUAGAAAGACAAUCCGAUUAUGAAGUUACUCUCUUACCACCUAACAGAUAUUUAUUAGUCCCAGUAACCGGUAGAACUUGACGCUUUUGUAAAAAUAGGAGCUACUAUUUUUUGUGUUUUUUUUUUUGCAAACUUUAAAUCAAUCCGUCAUCGCAUAACCCAAGUAAUUGACGCAAGCAAUCACUCAAACCAGAAAUCUGCUCGAUGCAAGUGAUCAAUUUUUGGAGUACUUUUCCCACCCCUCUAGUCAUAAUAAUUGUUAUGAAGUAAUUAUUUAUGUGAGAUUGUGACAAGCCCAUCCUUCUGGUGCUAUUUGUUAUUAAGAAACGUAGUCGCAAGUCUAAAAAUUAUUUGUAUCAAGGAUGGGAAUGCGAAAAACUUUCUGUAUUUUACAGAUGAGAUAUAUUUAUGGUGAUGGAUCAUAUUUUCAUUCUUUGUGAUAGGAUUUUACCAGGGAAUAAUUUUCAUCCCAUUGCUUUAUGUGAGCAAAAGAAGAAUUCGAAAAAAAUUUGACGUACACAUAAUCUACCUAUUUUCUUAUUCACAUUCCUUUUGUGUUCGCUAGCUUGUAGCAGACUUUUCCUUGUCACGAUAUAUUUAUAUCGCGGGCAUUGUGUUAUAAAACUAAAUUUAUUCUACGAGAGUACCUAUUUUAUUUUUUUAGUUUCGUUAUCAAUUUAUCAAAUAAAAUUAUUUAUCCAUUUUCUACAAA